AUGAAUCUCGAGGGGCCAGUGGUCACCUCGUACGACAACCAAACAACGCCAGCGUCGCAUUCUUCCGGGAAAUUGCUAGGCUUCGCUCAUCUUGAGAAUGUACAAGGCCCAGGUGCAAGAGUCAACCCCGCUUUUCCACGGGGUCCUCCAACGCAAGAUAUUGUAGGCAAUCCGGUAGGAGCAAUGCAAACUCUAGGAGAGAGCCUCCAGCCGGCUGAGACGUUCAGUCAAUCUCAAAUGACAGCGACUAUGCUGCCAACACCCGCGAUAUCUGGAGGUGAUGCCACCCUAAACUCACAAAGCAAUCAGUUCAGCGUCGGUGGAUCUCUCGAGACACAUCCAUUCGGAGAGCAACUUAGUGACGCUCACUCUGGACAAUGGCUCCUGGAAGACGACUUCGACUUUACCAUCUUCGAACACAUGGGCUUCAGUAGUACACUUCCUGAACCACAGCUUAUGCAUCUUGACGACAACUUCAGCUCGCCGCCUCUCCAAAAGACAGAGAAUUCCAAGUUUCGGCCCGCCGUCCUUGAUCUACGACGAAUCUGGUAUGUCCAGGUUUCCGGUAUGGCGAACGAGUCCGACCCAGACUCUGGGUCCGUCACGCCGGGGGAGAUCUCCCCAACGUCUCUUGACAACAUCGAUGAAACAUAUCGUAUGAAGAUGGCAAAUAAGCUGCGACCAGUCCUGCGGGAUGAGCCGCUGCCCUCCAUUGACUUUAUGAAUUUGUGUAUUCACCUCUUUUUCACCAGAUUCAAUGUCGCUUUACCUCUCAUACACAGCCCAACUUUUCGACCAACGCACAGCAACGCUCUGUUAGUCCUGUCAAUUUGUUCGGCAGGUUGUCUGUCCCUGGGCUCCGAUAUGUCUGCCAAAACAGGUUCCAUGCUCUUUGAGCGGGUUAACAAGGCUAUUCUCGUUGCUCCCUGGGAACGCGCCCUUCCUAGAACCACUGACCAAACUUGGAACAUUGUGAAGGCUUCUAUGAUCGGCCAGACUUACGCACUGCUGUCGGGUGACCCGGCUCACCGAGCGACGGCCGCUGCCUACCAUGGUUCACUCAUUGCGCUUGCCCGUCACCACAAGUUGUUCAACCCGGCGCCACCAUUCCAUCUUCCUGACGAUCUCUCUGCUGAGGCCCUGGACAAAGCAUGGAGGACAUGGGUCAGACAGGAAGAGCUGAGAAGGAUAGCUGUGCUACUUUAUAUCCAUGACGCCGAGAUCGCAGCACUAUUCCAUCACGAGCCGGUCUUUCGUCACAACGCAGGACAUAUACCAACAGUCUCUUCGUCAGAGCUCUUCUGCGCUCCAUCUGCACCUACUUGGGCUUCAUUGCUGCGAGCAGAGCAAAGAGAGAUGCACUUCGCGACCUCCAAUUAUCGAACCGAAAUUUCAACUUCUUUCAACGUUGGACAAGGAGGGGUCCAGAGUGAUAGCGAGCCAACUACCCCGUUGCACCCAGGCUUGAAGUACCGCAACAUAUUGAAUGUGUACAACGGCCUCUCUGGCAUCAGUGCAUCAAUUUGUGAAUGUCGACAUUUGAAUCUCCUCUCGUUUAACACGGUGAGCAAAUUCGAGUCCGCCCUUCUCACAUGGUACGCGUCCACUCCAAAGGACUUCAAAAUGUCGUACGACCCUUCGUUGCAAAUGGAAGCUCCAUUCAGCUUGCUUCCACUAUGGCAUUAUAACUUCCUCGCCUUGAGCACGGACCUAAAUAUUCUUGAGAUUGCAAUCGGCAAAGAAGGUAGCGAAGUCUCUCCGUUGAUCCGCGAGUCAGUGCUAUCGUGGAUUACGUCCCUGGACUCUAAGAGAUGCCUGCUGCACGCCCUGUUCCUGCAAAAUCUGAUUGUAUCGACGAACAUGGGUGCACUUGUUGCCAUCCAUACGCCACGAAUCCUCUUCUCAGCCGCAAUCUGCUGGUAUUGCUACAUGCUUUAUCUACCAGAGAGUUCUUCGGCAUCAGUAUCAUGGGCAUCUUCAUUCCCGGACGGGAUGUUCGAACCACUAAAUUCGCUUCCAGAGAUUCAGCUUCUUCGCGAAGGUAAAAGUAUGGAUUCUACCAACAUUUACCCAGUGCCACAUAUAUUGGAUGCAACUAUUGCUGCACUGCCAAAGAUACUGGCCGCAAAUAUCGCCGAAAUGAAAGCCAAUACCAUUUGCGUCAUUGAAAGCACUCUCCGCAGAUUAGGGACAGCAGGUAUAUCACUGCGAUUUGCGGACAUCAUUCAAGUCUUCAUUUCUGGGGAGAAAGAUAGCUUCAGAGCGGACCAACAGGCGAUACGAUGA